CAGCGGGCCCGGCGCCUCCCGAGCCCGCCGGGCUCUCGGCGGAGGACGGAGCGUGGGCUUCUUCCUCCCGCCAGGGAAAGCAAAGAGUAUGAAAGCCUAUCUAAAGAGCGCAGAAGGCUUUUUCGUCCUGAAUAAAAGUACUACGAUUGGAAGGCAUGAAGACUCAGACCUUGUUUUAGAGUCGGCUGACAUCGACAACCAUCACGCGCUCAUUGAGUAUAGCGAGGCUGAGGGCAGCUUCGUCCUCCAGGACUUCAACUCCCGCCAUGGCACCUUCGUCAACGAGUGCCACAUUCAGAACGUGGCUGUGAAGCUGUUACCCGGAGAUAUCCUGAGGUUUGGUUCUGGAGGGCUGACCUACGAACUGGUCAUCGAAAACCCACACUCGGUCUCCUUCCCAUGGGCCAGGGGUCCAACACCUUGGCCAAGGCCGUCGCCACCUUGGGCCACACAGCAGCCAAAGCAGUCCCCCUCGCCACCGCAGAUGCCUUUUCACCCAGGCGUCCGGCCAGUGCCAGUGCAGAGGAGCUGGUCCCAGGGGUUCCCCAGACCCACCAAGGCCCCGCCUGCCUCCCAGAAGCGGCCUGUGAGUGCCAACGGGAAGAUGUUUUCCUUCGUGGUGAACAGCGCCCACCGGCCUCCCGUCAUCAAGCAAGUGUGGAGGAAUGUCAUGGAGGUGUCGGAGCAAUCGGUGACCGAGGGGAUUCCCCAGGCAGGACCUUCCCGGGAGAUUCCUGUGGACCAGGACCUGGCCCAGCAGGACAAGGAUGAAAUAAUUCUUCUGCUGGGAAAAGAAGUCAGCCGUCUCUCAGAUUUUGAACUGGACUCUAAGUACAAAGAUGCCGUUAUAGCCAGCCUGCAGAACGAAGUGGCCAGCCUGAGCCAGAAGCUGACGGAGACAACCACCUCCAGGCAGAGCGAGAGAGAGAUCUCACAGAAGUUUCAGGUGCUGGACAAAAACAUUGAUGCCAAAGAGAAAGAGAUCCAGAACUUGAAAAGCCAGGUCAAUGCUCUACAGAAAGGCUACAGUCAGGUGCUGUGCCAGACCCUGUCCGAGAGGAACUCAGAAAUCACGACGCUGAAGAAUGAGGGCGAGAACUUGAGGAGGGACAAUGCCAUCACGGCAGGGCUGGUGUCAUCUUUGCAAAAAGACAUGUUAGCAAAGGAUGAGCAAGUGCAACAACUCAAACAGGAGGUGAAUCAACUGAAGAGCGAGAACAAAGACAAGGAUCACCAGCUAGAAGCCCUCAGCUCCAGGUGCUCAGCGCUGAAGGAGGAACUGAAGAGUGGAGAGGCUCAGAAGGAGCACCGGGAAGCCCAGGAGGAAGAGUUAAAACUCUGCAAAUCCCAAAUCCAAGACAUGGAGAAAGAAAUGAAGAAGCUCAGGGAGGAGCUGAAGAAGAGUAGUACUGAGCAGAGCAUGAUCUCUAAGACGCUUCGAGAAAAGAGCAAGGUUGAAGAGAAGCUUCAGGAGGAUUCCAGGAGGAAAUUGCUUCAGCUACAAGAAAUGGGGAACAGAGAGAACCUCAUUAAAGGCAAUUUGGAAAGGGCAGUAGGUCAGCUGGAGCAUUUCAGAAGUCAAAUCAUCAAGGCCACCUACGGACGAGUGAAGCCGUUCCAGGACAAACCUGUCACCGAUCAACAGUUAAUAGAGAAGAUUACCCAGGUCACGGAGGACAACAUCAGCUUCCAGCAGAAAAAAUGGACCUUGCAGAAGGAGACUCAGCUCAGCCAUUCCAAACACGAGGAAAUCACGGAGAGCAUCGAGAAGCUGACGAUGUCUCUAGACAGCUGCCAGGACUGCAUGAAAGUGUCUUGCUGCAGCAACGACCUGAAGAAGGAGAUGGAGCUGCUCCGGCGCCUGCAGGUGGGCCCGCCGGUGUCGGGGCUCCAGAAGGUGGCGCUGGACAUCCUGCGCCUGGCCCAGUCCUGGCUGGAGGCGACGGAGCGAGUCCUCCAGGAGGUCGGCAUCCAGUUAUCCAGCUCCGACAAAGGGUUGACUCUGUAUCUGAAAUAUCUUCUGGAACAUUAUAAAAAAAUUAUGAGCCGGACCCAGGAACUUCAGAUCAAGAUCAACAGUUCUCAGGAAGCUCAGAAGUCUUUGCUGCAAGAAAAGAUGCGGGAGCACCUGGCGGAGAAGGAGAAGCUGAACCAGGAAAGGCUUCAGCAAGAAGAGAAGCUGAAAGGCAGAGUCAAGCGGUUGCUGGAGGAGAAGGCGGCUUUGGAGGAAAGCAUUACCCAAGAGAAAAACCGACUGAAGGAAGCAUUGGAGGAAGAACAGAAGAGAGUCCAAGAGCUGGAGAAUCGCUUAACCCACCAGAAGGAGGCUUUGGAGGAAAGCUUUACGCAAGAGAAGAACCGAGUGAAGGAAGCAUUAGAGGAAGAACAGAAGAGAGUCCAAGAGCUGGAGAAUCGCUUAACCCGCCAGAAGGAGGUUUCAGAGAGCAGCAUCGCCUAUGAGAAAUACAAAGCGACGGAGGCCAUCGAGAAGGAAAAGAAAAAGGUGCAAGAUCUGGAGAACCGCAUAACCAAGCAAAAAGAGGAAAUAGAUUUAAAAGCGCUAAAGGAAGAUGUUUUAAAUAACAAAUUAAAUGACGCACUGGCCAUGGUGGAAGAGACAGAAAAAAUAAAGAUGGCCGAGAGUCUGAAAGCAGAGAACGUCACCAUGAAAUUAAACGAAACAUUAGCUGAACUGGAGACGGCCAAGACUAAAAUGAUCAUGAUGGAGGGGCGGAUGCAGCUGCAGCAGCAGGCAAUCAAGGCCCUCCAAGAAGAACAGAAAUCACAGAAACACGAAUUUGAAGAAGAAAUCGUGGAAUACAAGGAGCAAAUCAAACAGCACUCCCAGACGAUCGUGAGUCUAGAAAAAAGACUCCAAAAAGUGACCGAACACCAUAAGAAAAUAGAAGGAGAGAUUGCAACUUUGAAGGACAAUGACCCAGCCCAGGAGAAGGAAGUACAGCAGGACCCUCCCGCAGCACCGCCUCUGGAAAGCAGUUCCAAAGGCGCAGUGUGUGACCACUUGAUAGAGGAUUUAUUGAGUGCUCAAAAGGAAAUCCUGUCUCAGCAGGAGGUCAUCAUGAACUUAAGGAAAAACCUGACGGAAGCUCAUGGCCGAAUGUCGGAUUUGAGAGGAGAGCUUAACGAGAAGCAGAAGAUAGAACUGGAAAGGAACGUGGCCCUGGUCCAGCGACAAAACAACGAGCUGAGUGUGCUCAAGGAAAGGAUGGCGCACGUGACCAGCCUGAUGGAAAAGAAGGACAGGGAGCUCGAGGUCUUCAAGGAGGCACUCAGGGUCUCCCAAGAGAAACCCAAACUCCAACUGCACAAAGAGAAGGAACAGAAGCCCAGGAAUCCUACCCAGAUGUGUGACAUCUCGGUGCAGAUAGAACCCAUCCACACCGAUAUUUCCUUGAGCAGCCAAGAGGAGCAGUCCUUCAGCGACCUGGGGGCCAAGUGCAAAGGGUCGCGGCACGAGGAAGUCAUUCAGCGCCAGAAAAGGGCCCUAUCUGAGCUGCGCACGCGGAUCAGAGAACUCGAGAAGGCCUGCUCCUCGGAUCAUAAGGACCACCUGAAUGAAUCAUUUCUAGACUUCAAGACUCUCAGAAUAGAAAAAAAUGUCCAGAAAAUAUUGGACUCAAAAUCCGGUUUGCCAACUCUCUCAAGAAUAGAGAUCACAGUGCCUCAAAAUGGCCCUGCCAACUCAGGGCUCAUCCAGGCCACGGAGAAGUCAGGGAAAAUGGAUGUGGCCGAGGCUUUGGAGCUCAGCGAAAAGCUGUACAUGGAUAUGAGCAAAACGCUCGGGAGCCUGAUGAACAUCAAAGACAUGGCAGGUCACGUGUCCAUGAAAUACCUCUCCCCCAAAGAGAGGGAGCGAGUCAACAAGCUUCGGCAAAGAGACCUCGAUCUGGUGUUCGACAAGAUCACUCAACUCAAGAACCGGCUGGAGAGGAAAGAGGAGCUUCUGAGAGGCUAUGAAAAGGACAUCGAGCAGCUCAGGCAGAGCAAAGUGUCCGUUCAGAUGUACCAGUCACAGGUGGCAAAGCUGGAGGACAAUAUCUACAAGGAGGCCGAAGAGAAGGCACUGCUGAAGGAGGCCCUGGAGCGCAUGGAGCACCAGCUGCACCAGGAGAAGAGGAUGAACAGGGUCAUCAGGCAGCAGAAGGUUGGAGCCAAAAAAGCCGCCCCAAAGAUGGACCAAGAAAGAGAAAAGCUGAAGAGAGAUACUUCUAGCAAAUCCAGCCAGAGUCUUCUGUUCUCUAAGCCUAGCGGAAGGAACUAGAAUUGUCACCACGCCCAGCCUUACGUGAUCCUCCGUGAGUCAAAAUGACUCUUCUGUGUCAAAAUACUAAGAUACUUUUGUAGGACUUUAAAGGUUGUUACCCUGGUGUGUUGCUUCCUAAGCUGGUAUUUUGUACAAUGCUAUAUUUCGGAGUAUCUGGGGCGAGGGGUUCUUUUUAAAAAUACCUACGCACGGGCACAUACUCAGGCAUAUGAAGAAUACAGGUUUGAAACCUAGGCUCCUAGGCCUGGUAGAUACAAUUAUGUGGUUCCACGUUUGAGUCGUGACAUAUCACACAUCACACCACCAAGAGGCGCCAAGAAACCCACAGUCAAGAAAACCCGUGAUGGACGGGGGCCACAGGACAGAAUGGUAACCUCAGGGCUGAUGGGGCCAUGGUAUAGAGCAUUUAUAUGUGAGAUUAUUUUAAUACAUUUAGAAUGCCAAUCCAUUCUUAAUGCUUGCAUAAUAAAGGCUAACAUUUAUAUGGCACUCUGCCAUUUUCAAAAUACUUCUCAUCUAAUCCUCUCCCAAGCCCUGGGAGGUACAUAGUAUUAUGCUCCGCAUUUAACACGUGAGGAAGCUGAGGCCCAGCGGGGUUAAGUGGCCUGUCUGAAAUCACACAGCCAAUACAUUCGAGGGUUGGAUCUAGAACCCAGAUGUCUAAUUCCAUCUCCUACUUACCAUUAGAUGGCCCAGUGGUUCAAUUCCCCAGCCAUAAGGACAGACCAAGUACCUAGUCACCAAAGAGCACACACUGCCCAGGUGGACACACCCUUGAUUUAGGGUGUGUGGAGAGACCCUCAUUCUCCUUGCUCCACUGUCUGCUUCUCCCGUGUUAGGCCCUCUCUCCAGCCACCAAAUCCCCUGCUGCCCCUCUGCUGUAGCCAGGACCACCAAACACAAUGGGAGGAAGGGCCAGAAGUUGUGACUUAUCACUGAUUUACUAUUUUUUAAAAAGCCACAAUAAAAAUAUUUUGAUAUUUCAAAACCAGAUGCAUUCUUUAUACUGAUUAGAAGGACAUAGGAAAAAUUAUUCGUGUGAUAUUCCACUGAAGGGCCAUCUUACACAGAGUUAGGAUCUAAAGUCAGUGAGAAAAGUGAGUAUUACCUGACCUGAAAAAUACUCUUGAAAAUUCUGGAAAUUUUUCAUAAGGAAUCUGAUAUCAUUUAUACUGUACCAUAAUCCAAAAGUCCAAAACAGCAGGUUUUUCUCCAGCACCAGAAAAGAUCACUUGGUCAGGCAGUGGUUCAAGCAGCUGGCUCAUGUUUUGGAGCCAAAUUAUGUGGGGGGGAAAAAAAUAUGUUGUUUGUUGGUUGAACAUGUAUAUUCGAAUUUGUAUAAGUUGAAUGUAAUGCCUAUAUGACUCUUCUGUAUUUUAGGUCUUUCAAAGGACAUGUUAAUUUUUAUCAUAUGAACAUGACAACCCAUAAUGGCAAUUUCUUUUCUUCACCUCUGGAACUAGCUUUUCGGGCAUUUCCUCAGCCACACGCCCCUUUCUCUGAGAACGCACCCCACCCCCAAUCAGGUUUGCCCUACCUAGUGAUGCUUUCUUGGCCACAGCUGGUUGGUUGAGGAGUAGAUACCCUACCCAAGCCGGAUCAAUCAAAUUUCUCUUCCAACUCAAGCUGGGCCAAUCACCACCUCUUUCUUUGAUGUUUGGAGGUGAGACCUUGGAAUGCCACACAAGUCAUUAGUGGUGCCGGAGCUGAGCGUCUUGGUGCAGUCCCAGGGCUGGGGUGGCCAUGUCCCCUCUUGCGUUUGGAGAAACAAAGCCAGUCUUCAGAGAGAAAAGGCUGGGGUAGACACGUAACGAGUGGAGACAAGAAACCACGCCCCCCAGGGAGACAGUGCAGCAGAGUCAUCUCCUCUCUGUGCUAUGUAAAUUGAAGGCUAAACGCCUUGAUUUCCCAGCCUCCCUUGCAGCUCGGGCCGGCCAUGUUGUUCAGUGCUGGCCAUUGACAUGUAAGUGAAGACCACUGAGAGGGCUUCUCUUCUGGAUUAAAAGGCGGGACUUCAGUAGGAGAGAGCUUUUUGCCCUUUGUCCUUUUGCCUUGUCUCCUUUUUGUCUCCUGGAGCUCAGACUUGGAGCUGGAGCAGCCAUCUUGGGGAUCAUCAGGUGACAAGCAACGGGCCGAAGCCCACCUCCAAGGACAAUGGAGUGGAAAGACGAGAGGGGCCUGGGGCAGUAUCCCUGUGUCCUGUACCGUGCCUGAACUGCCUACCUCUGUACUUCAUGUUGUAUAAGAAAAUAAAUCACCUGU